AGUCAAUAUAUGGAGGAUAAUGACGUUUAUGGAGACUUUCUUAGCUACAUAAUUCAUACUGUUAUAUGUUUUCAUGAUAAUAUUUAUUUUAGUUUGGUUUAAAACUUAGAAUAUGAGACAGUUAAUCAAAUAUGGAUAUUAAAAUGAAGACUUUCAUAUUGACAAAACUGGUGGUUUUUUACCAAAAUAUCCACUUGUUUUUGUGAUAUUCAGAGUAAAUAAUAUAUAAUUAAAACGUUUAAUGGCAGGAUGGUAUAUCAUGAACAACCGGUAACUAUGGCUACAAACAUGGAAUAUACAGGUGACUUAGAUAUUAAAAGUGAAGAAAAUAGUGUUAACUGUCUAGACUGCCUUAAUCCAAAUAAGGAUAAAGAAGAUUUUUUCACUGCAAUAGCAAUCAUAUUAAUGUCGUUUGGUUUGGCAAUAAUGGUUGUAGGUAUUGUAGUACCACGUGACUUUGUCUUCAAUCCAUCACUUCCGGCACGUGAAAUGGAGAGUAUCGAAAUACAUUACGCCAAUUUAUCAUUUUAUCUGGAUCUUGUUGCUGUGAUUGGAAUGGGGUUUAUAACUUUAGGUGGAGUUAUAUCUUCGGGAGUUUUUAUGUAUCAUUUUAUCAUCGGGAGUAGACAAGUUUAUAGAAAAGAUGACAGGCAGGAUAUUAAUCUUCUUGACGGAACAAAUCGUGAAAUGGUGUCAUAUGGCACAAGUGAAAGUAGAUAACAGUUAACUCUUAUAAACAGAACAAAACAGAACUCUUAUGUGUACCCCUGUGUAAGUGAUUAUUAUACAAUAUCAGUUGCGGUCAUUCACAUCAAAUGCAACUUGGACAAUAUUG